GCUGCCCGGAGCCGGAGCGGAGAUGAGCGGCGACGCGGACCGCCGGCGCCCGGUGGACGGAGACAUUGGUCAACAAGAGAUGGCUCCAAGUAAGAAGGGUGCUGUCCUUGUGGAUGGCAUCAUACUGAAUGGCCCCACAACAGAUGCAAAAGCUGGAGAAAAAUUUGUUGAAGAGGCCUGUAGGCUGAUCAUGGAUGAGGUGGUUCGGAAGGCAACAGAUAUCAAUGAGAAGGUUUGUGAAUGGCAGUCUCCUGAACAACUGAAACAACUUCUUGAUUUGGAGAUGAGAGACACAGGCGAGCCACAGGACAGACUGUUGGAGCUCUGCCAGGAUGUCAUUCGCUACAGCGUCAAAACUAAUCACCCAAGAUUUUUCAACCAGUUGUAUGCUGGACUUGAUUAUUACUCCUUGGUGGCCCGAUUUAUAACAGAAGCAUUAAACCCAAGCGUUUAUACGUAUGAGGUGUCCCCAGUGUUUCUAUUAGUGGAAGAAGCGGUUCUGAAGAAAAUGAUUGAAUUUAUUGGCUGGAAAGAAGGGGAUGGAAUAUUUAACCCAGGUGGCUCAGUAUCCAACAUGUAUGCAAUGAACUUAGCUAGAUACAAAUAUUGCCCCGAUAUUAAGGAAAAGGGGCUCUCUGGGUUGCCAAGAUUCGUCGUUUUCACUUCUGCCGAGAGUCAUUACUCCAUGAAGAAGGCAGCCUCCUUUCUUGGGAUUGGUGCGGAGAACGUGUGCUUUGUGGAAACAGAUGGAAGAGGUAAAAUGAUACCUGCAGAACUGGAGAAGCAAGUCUGGCAAGCCAAAGAAGAGGGGGCAGCACCAUUUCUGGUCUGUGCCACCUCUGGCACAACCGUGCUGGGAGCCUUCGAUCCCCUGGAUGACAUAGCUGACGUCUGUGAGAGACACGGCCUCUGGCUUCAUGUGGAUGCUUCUUGGGGUGGCUCAGCAUUGAUGUCCAGGAAGCAUCGCAAACUCCUGCAUGGCAUCCACAGGGCUGACUCUGUGGCCUGGAACCCACACAAGAUGCUGAUGGCCGGAAUCCAGUGCUGUGCUCUCCUCGUCAAAGACCACUCUGACCUCCUUAAGAAAUGCUACUCUGCCAACGCAUCUUACCUCUUCCAGCAAGAUAAAUUCUAUGAUGUCAGCUAUGACACAGGAGACAAGUCUAUCCAGUGUAGCAGGAGACCAGAUGCAUUCAAGUUCUGGAUGACCUGGAAGGCUCUGGGUACCUUAGGCCUUGAAGAAAGAGUUAACCGUGCUCUUGCUUUAUCUAGGUACCUAGUAGAUGAGAUCAAGAAAAGAGAAGGAUUCAAGUUACUGAUGGAACCUGAAUAUGCCAACAUUUGCUUUUGGUACAUUCCACCAAGCCUCAGAGAGAUGGAAGAAGGACCGGAAUUCUGGGCAAAACUUAAUUUGGUGGCACCAGCCAUUAAGGAGAGGAUGAUGAAGAAGGGAAGUCUGAUGUUGGGCUAUCAGCCCCACCGCGGGAAGGUCAACUUCUUCCGCCAGGUGGUGAUCAGUCCUCAAGUGAGACGGGAGGACAUGGACUUCCUCCUGGAUGAGAUAGACCUGCUGGGUAGAGACAUGUAGCUGUGGCUUUUUGUCCCCCAGAGGCAAUGAUCCUGCCCUGGGGAGGGUGUCUUGGAGACACAUCAUAGAUUGCAGCUCUCCUGAUGCAAAAUAGGAAAUAUUCCCAGCCCAAACUCAGCAAAAA